AUGAGGAUGUGCAAGGACACAGAUUUCAAAGCAAGAGAUGCCUCUAACCCACACCCAUUUCGUCCUCCCACGUAUGGGCUCCUGCUGACGGGUUCGCACUUGCAGCCGGCCGCGUGCAGCGUCGCGACGCCUGCGGCUGUGGUGAAUCCGUGCACGCGCCGCUCGUGCACGUCCAACGAAACCCUGCAAAUGCGAAACGGUCAGGAUCGCGGAGUACACGAUGCUCGGCGCGAGACGCCUGUGGAGGUGCACAAGCACAGCUCACGCCGUGAGGUUGACGAAGCCCCGGCCAGUCUUGACGGCACAUACAAGGGUGGUUAUGAGAACACCGUUUCCGCGGUGUUCGCGGCAAGGCGAGCUUGCGGGCACUCGAACGGCUCCCUCAGCGCGGACACCUCGUACCUGGGCGUCGACAGGAUUCUGGCAGAACGGUGGCAGAUCUGA